UCCGUUUCCGCCGCCGCCGCCGCCUGGUUCUCCCGGUCGUGGCCGCGUCGUGUUUCGCGUUUCUGCAUCAUGUCGGGUGGCUUACUGAAGGCGCUGCGCAGCGACUCCUACGUGGAACUCAGCGAGUACCGGGACCAGCACUUCCGGGGUGACAAUGAAGAACAAGAAAAGUUACUGAAGAAAAGCUGUACAUUGUAUGUUGGAAAUCUUUCCUUUUACACAACUGAAGAACAGAUUUAUGAACUCUUCAGCAAAAGUGGUGAUAUAAAGAAGAUCAUCAUGGGUCUGGAUAAAAUGAAGAAAACAGCAUGUGGGUUCUGUUUUGUGGAAUACUAUUCAAGAGCAGAUGCAGAGAACGCAAUGCGAUACAUAAACGGAACUCGUCUGGAUGACCGGAUCAUACGGACAGAUUGGGAUGCAGGCUUUAAAGAGGGCAGGCAGUAUGGACGUGGACGGUCUGGGGGUCAGGUUCGGGAUGAGUAUCGGGACGACUACGAUGCUGGAAGAGGUGGCUAUGGAAAACUGGCACAAAAACAGUGAGUGGGGCGUGCCCCAAGUACACAGCUCACAGUACAUCAACACAGUUGAUGAUGCUGGAGGACGUUACCCAAGGUCUCAUUGUACUGGAAGCCACUUCUGGUUUUCCUCUGAAAUAUUAAAAGACAGAAUCCAGAGAAUGCCUUUAAGUCUAGUCUUAUUAGGAUGAUUUUCUGUUAUUAGGUAAAAAAAUUAUAUACCUGGGCAACAGACACAAUCUGUGCUGAUUAAACUGUCAGCUGGAUACCACACUUUUAGGGAGACUGGUCAAAAUGUCAGAAUUGACUUUACAAGUAGGUUGGUAAUCUUCAUGGGGGACUGAGAUGAUUUUCUACAUCUUAAGUUUUCAUGUUAAUCACUGAGGUUUUGCUACAGUCUAUAUACCUUUGCUCUAAAUUAGGAACAGGUGUUUGUCAACUGGAUUUGCUUUUUAUGUUUCAGUAUAGUUGGCACAAAAGUCAGCCUUAAUAGGGCCUGAGGAUGCCACCUGCUUCUGUGCUUUAUGCGUCAGGAUACUAUCAGGACUUUAUCAGUGUUCACUAAACACAUUUCUCAAAAGAUGCAAAUGUUUCACUGAAAGUUUAAAACAAAACGAAAACAAGGACUCUGUUAUACAGAGAGCCUCCAGUAUCCUAAGUAGGGAGGACACCAUCAGUAGGGGAUGGAAUGAAAACUCAACCACUGCCUUGAUAUGGAAGCUGAGGUUGGAACCAUUAAAUUAUUUCUUCCCAUUUCAAAAGGACCUUAGAAUAGAGUGAGCUUUAGAAAAGGGCUUCACCCAGGCCUGUAAUCCCUGUUACUUGGGAGGCUGAAACAAGAGGAUCAAAAGUUCAGUGCCAGCCUGGGGAUCUUGUGAAUUUGCCUCAAAAUAGAAACAUAAAGGGGCUAGGGAAGGUAAGGGUCACAGCCGUUGAGAACUUCCUCAUUAUGUGAAUGCUCCUGGCUUUAAUCCUUGGGAUUAAACAAUAAGAGUCUGAAAAUUGGGAGAGUAUUUAACAACAGAAAGCCUCCUCUAGGAAUGUCUGUUAUAAGUGAUACAAAUAUUUUCGUCUUUUUUCCCUGAACUUGUUUACUGAGGUCCAUGUAUUAAUAGUAAGCUAGAGGUCCGUCUCUACCGGAGUCUAGAGAUCUUUUUUUUUUUUUUUUCAUUUUCUUUGUAUUAUAUGUAACUUUUUUGAUACAAGAGAAGGAAAUCCUCAUGUUACUUUGUUACUAAAGCGUCUUCUAAUUCUCACCAGUUUUCCCUGGUUGGGGCAGAGCAUCUUUGAUGCUGUAUUAAGUGUGGUUCUCUUGAAGCUGUAACAACUAUAAUGCUUAGGAAGCCCACGUGCAAGCACCCAGUGAGGAGACACUUAAGUUUUAAAAUAAAGCCUUUUAUACUGUACUUCAACUGUUUAUCAUACAUUCUUUUGUAGUAAAAUAUAAGUCAGUGGGAAUUUUGUCUUCUGUAACAAGUUUAAAUAAAGUUAGACCAACUAGUA